CAUUAUGCCUAUCAGUUGCGGAAUGACACCAUGGAGCACGAGCUGGUGAAGGGUCCCUCCAGAGGCACCAUGUACAUCACCUCCCUGUACUUCACCAUGACUUGCAUGACGUCCGUGGGCUUUGGAAACGUGGCUGCCGAGACAGACAACGAGAAGAUAUUCACCAUUUGCAUGAUGGUCAUCGGGGCCCUGUUGUCGGCGACCAUCUUUGGCCACGUGACGACCAUCAUCCAGCAAAUGACUUCUGCUACCGCCAUCUACCACGACAUGCUCAACAACGUGCGGGAGUUCAUGAAGCUGCACGAAGUGCCCAAGGCACUCAGUGAACGGGUCAUGGACUACGUGGUGUCCACGUGGGCCAUGACUAAGGGCAUCGACACGCAGAAAGUGCUCAGCUACUGUCCCAAGGACAUGCGGGCAGACAUUUGCGUCCAUCUCAACAGGAAGGCAAGGGAAUUCAGAAGAAAAGAAAUAAUUAGGGAGGUGUUCAACGAACAUCCGGCAUUCCGACUGGCAUCAGAUGGUUGCCUCCGAGCCCUGGCCGUCCAUUUCCAAAUGUCCCACUCGGCCCCCGGCGACUUGCUCUUCCAUGUCGGGGAAUCCGUGGAAUCCCUGAAUUUCGUCGUUUCCGGUUCGUUAGAAGUGAUUCAGGAUGACGAAGUGGUCGCCAUCUUGGGCAAGGGUGAUGUGUUUGGGGAUGACGUAUGGAAGGACCACACCACUGGGCAGUCUGCUUGCAAUGUCAGGGCUUUGACCUACUGUGACCUGCAUGCCAUCAAGCGAGACAAGCUGAUGGAAGUCCUUGAGUUUUAUCACGCUUUUGCAAACUCUUUUUCACGAAACCUGACUCUGACGUACAAUUUGAGGCACAGACUGAUUUUCAGAAAGGUUAGUGAUGUUAAGAGGGAGAAGGAGUUGGCAGAGCGCCAAAAGAAUAACCCCAUGGAGGAACUGUCACAGGAUCACCUAGUGAGAAAGUUAUUCUCCAAGUUCAGAAGAGCAGGACCUGCAACCCAGGGACCAACCACAGCCACAAGCUCAAAGCGCCAGGGAAGUGUGGAAGGGGAUGAAGAAGUUGGUGCCACACCACCACCACCACCACCACCAGGUGUGGGUGACUCCACUCCCCCAGCAGGGACCACUGCUGCUCCACUGGCACUACCUGCUCCACCUGCCACCAGCUCUGUAGUGUCAGAGGUACCAGGAGGAGCCAAAGAGGCUGAGACCACUAGUGCACUACCAGUGGUCAAGGUAGGCUUCAAAAAGCCACUUGGGAAGGGCAAGUGGGCGUCUUUGUUGGGAGGACCUGCAGCAGCGCCCUCUGUGGCCACAGCUCCACCUGCAGACCAUCCAGAGACCAUCAAGGAGGAAACUGAGCCUGAUACCCCAAAGCCUCAGGCACCGCCUUCAUCACCUCUGAUACCUGCCUCAGGGCAAGAUCCCAUCCUUGCAGCCAUCUUGGAUUUCAAGAAGGAGAUCAAGGGUGAGGUGCAGAAACUUGGGCACAGGCUUACCAACCUUGAAAGCAGAGUGGAGCACCUCAACAAUCAGUUCCCUCCACUGAAAGCACCACCUGACUUGUCCCCAGUCUGA